AUGUUUACAAACACCAAUGCUUUGUUGCCCUUACCAUGUCCAGACCGCAACACCUUCAGCCAAGCUAAGCAUCAACCAAAACAUUAUGUUGUUUUUUCUUUUAGGAGUCUCUCUCCCACCACUCCUUUAUCUAUCUAUCUAUCUAUCUAUCUAUCUAUCUAUCUAUCUAUCUAUCUAAUGUUUCUAUUUAUCAAUCUUUGUUCAUAUCUACCUAUCUCAUUUUGUUCAUAUCUAUCUAUCUAUCUAUCUAUCUUAGUCUGGCGUUCAUUAUUCCUUUUCUCUUUCGUUCAUCGGUGUCCGGAGAAGAAAUUCCCUUCCCGUUUACAUAUUUUUUUAUUAUUUCAUUUACACCUGGGAACCUCUCGUUUCCUUUUUUUAAUCUAUGUCGUUGCGCCGUGUAAUUUGACACCGACUUUAUUCAGACGCUUAGAACUCUGGGCUUUUCUGCCUCCUGCUUCUUUCUGCUUGUUCUCUCUCUCUCUCUCUCUCUCUCUCUCUGUGCCUCGAUUCAACUUUCUCUGCCUAUUUGCUCCGGAACAAAUCGACGAGUCACGACGUUCGUGCUUCCUUCUUUCUUUCUUUCUUUCUUUUUUCUUUCUUUCUUUCGUACUUUUAUCAUCCUUUCUUUUAUCUUUCGUUCUUCUUUCUCUCUUUCUUUCGUUCAUUCCUUAUCCUUUUUUUUUUCUUUCGUUCGUUUUUUUUUCUUCGGUUUUUCUUUCGUUCUUUGCUCUUUCUUUCUUUUGUUUCUUGCCUUCUAUUUUCUGUUAUCCAUUCCUUCUUUUUUUCUUUCGUUCUUUUUCUUUUUUCCUUUCUCUCAUCCAUUUUCUUUCUUUCUUUCUUUCUUUCUUUCUUUCUUUCUUUCUUUCUUUCUUUCUUUCUUUCUUUAGCUCAUCAGUUUUCUUUCUUUCUUUCUUUCUUUCUUUUUUUCUUUCUUUCUUUCCUUUCUUCUGUUUAAUUUCUUUCAAUUUUUCUCCUUUUUUCUUUCUUUCCUCACCCCAAUUUUUCAAUUUCUUUCUUUCUUUCUUUCUUUCUUUCUUUCUUUCUUUCUUUCUUUCUUUCUCUCUGAGUCGUUUACUUGCUUUGUUCUUUUUCUUUCUUUUCUCACAUCUGCUCAUUUUUCAAUUUAUUUCUUUUUUUCUUCUUUCUUUUUUUCUCUCUUUUGUCCGCCUUUCUUUCUUUUUGCACAAUUUGAUUUUUGUUUGUUUCGUUGUAUUUUCUGCUCCCUUUUGCCUUGUUUAA